AUGGUAUCUUCAGAUAAUGCUAUUAUUUUAAGACCGACAGGCGACCAUAUGCCACUUGUUGGUUUCGGUUCAUGGGAAUUACCUAAUGACAAAGCUGCCGAUAGUAUUUAUCAAGCUUUAAAAAAUGAUUAUCGAUUAUUGGAUUGUGCGGCCCUUUAUGGUAAUGAGAAAGAAAUAGGUGAUGGGAUUAAGAAAGCGAUCGAUGAUGGAAUUGUUAAACGUGAGGAUAUUUUCAUCACAUCCAAGUUAUGGAACACUUUUCAUAAAAAAGAACAUGUUAGACCAGCUCUUGAGAGAACCCUUAAUGAUCUUAAAGUAAAAUAUUUAGAUCUUUACUUGAUCCAUUUCCCUAUCUCUUUGAAACAUGUUGAUCCAAAAGAACGUUAUCCUGCUGAUUGGUAUUACGAUACCAAGAAUAAGACUUGCAUUCAAGAAAAUGUCACCAUUAGAGAAACAUGGGAAGCCAUGGAAGAAUUGGUUGAUUCUGGAUUGGUUAGGAACAUUGGAAUUUCUAAUUUUAAUGCAGCGUUGAUAAUGGACUUGUUGAAAUAUGCACGUGUCAAACCAGCGGUCCUACAAAUAGAACAUCAUCCAUACUUGACGCAAGAACAAUUGGUAGAUUAUGCAAAAUCUCAAGGUUUGGCAGUGAAUGCCUACUCAUCUAUACGUUCAAGUAGUUAUGGACCGAAAAAAGACGAGAACUCUCCUCAAUUGUUAAAAGAACCUAUAUUGGAACAGAUUGCAAAGAAAUAUAACAGAUCUACUGCUCAGGUGGCACUUCGUUGGGCAGUUCAACGUAAUAUCGUGGUUAUACCAAAAUCAACUAAUCCAAGUAGACUUGUUGAAAAUCGUAAAGUCAUAGAAUUUACUUUGACCGACGAGGAAGUUAAAGCAAUCUCUUCAUUGGACAGAAAAUUAAGAUUCAAUGAUCCCGGUACAACAUUUGGAAUUCCUAUUUUCGCUUGA